AUGCGCUACUCUACCAUCCUCUCCAGUCUCGCCACCUUGUGCACCGUCUCCGCGCUGCCACUAAGCUUGUUCUUGCCCGUCGGCAACCUCCCUGCCCAGCCGACGACCGGCACUCUCGUCCUCAAGGGCCUAGGCGCAGUCGACGGUGCCAUCUUGGCCCUCACCGACUCCCUCAACCGUCUCAACUUUUCCACGGACAACGCCGGCAACAGCAACGCCAAUCUGCCCCAAAUCCUCGAGAAAGCCAUCGGCUACCAGAUCGCUACGCAGACCGCCCGCCUCGACGCCCAGGGCGUCAGGGCCAAUCUGAGCUCAGACGACUCGCUCGCCAUCGUGAACAAGUUGACCAACGACAUCAUCCCGCACCUGAGGACAGCCACCGAACUGCUGAGCAAGGCCAAGUCCUCAAACAUCCUAGGCAUCAGCACCACCUUGGGCGGCCUCCUGGGCAGCAUCCGGGCACCGCUGGGCCUCGUGAACUACUUCGACCUCAUCAGGACGGACACGGCUGGCCUCAUCACCGCGCUCUUGCCGUUCAUCGACUCAACCGUCCAGGACCAGGCCCUCUCCCUGGCCGAUGUCAUCAACAAUUUGCUGAACGCCACCUUUACUCUCUACAGCAACUGA